UACGGUACCGUCUUUGUUAUUUUUGUAUGUAAUGCACUUGGCUUUAUCGCGGCUGCAUUCUUCAUCGGCGCUUUGUCUCAAAAAGCCGGAACUGCGAAAGUUUUGAUAAUCGCUCAAGCCUUGUUGAUUCUGGGAUAUGCGGUCAUUAUUAUCACCCCGCCGUUUCCUGCUGUGGCUGCAUCUGUCGCUAAUUUGGAGUCCAGAUUCUUCGUUCUCGGCGUUAGUGCGGCGAUAAAUCUUGCGAUCGCACAAGUUUUCUGCUCAAAUUUACCAAACAAUACAGGAGUUCUCGGAGGCUAUCAGGCCUCAUAUGGAAUCGGUGGAAUCAGCGGUCCUUUGAUUGCCACCACGUUCAUAUCCUCAGGAAAGAUAUGGUCGCGAUUCUACGUUAUUGAAUUAGGACUCGCGGCGUUCAAUCUCAACUACAAACUUAAAUCAGUUUCUGACUUUUCACCUGCGACUGAUGAACGAUUCAACGAUGGCCGUCAUGAGUCGAAAACACGUCGGUUUAGCCAAAGAAAAUUGCAGUCUUUCAAGCUACUCAUCUCAAACAAACCGACAACUUUAGGCGCAUGCUUUAUUUUUGCCUAUCAAGGUGCAGAGGUUGCAAUCUCUGGCUGGGUUAUCUCUUUCCUAGUCCAAUUCCGCCACGGUGAUCCAAAUAAAGUUGGAUUCGUGACAGCUGGUUUCUGGGGUGGCAUAACGCUGGGUAAGCCUGCAGGAUCCGAGGAACUGAUCACUACUUAUUUUGAAACAGGGCGCUGCACACUAUCAUUUGUAGGCCAUCGAAUUGGGGAACGGCUGUUUAUAUUCAUCGUCACUGCUGGAUAUUUCAUCCUCUCAUUUUUCUCUAUAGCCGUAUCGCUGAUGUCUCCCCAUUCUAUUGUUCUCGAACUUCUCAUCUGGUUUGCGCCAUCAAUAGUAGGCAACUCGGUCGCCGUGGCCUUCUCCGGACUAAUACUGGGUCCCGUGUAUCCCUGUGCGACGCAUAUCUUCCAACGUCUCAUACCUCGAAAAAUGCCAAUUUCGUCGCUGUCCCUCAUUGGGUCUGUCGGAAGCUCUGGUGGUGCUAUAGCUCCGUUCAUGACCGGGAUGAUUGCGCAGCGUGCUGGCACAUUUGUACUCCAUCCGAUCUGCAUUGGGCUGUUUGUUUGCCUUGGGGCACCUGGUGGCUUCUUCCGGGGCCGGAGAAGAGAUCGGAAUGAUCUUUCAAACUUGAAUAUUGGAAUAAAUUCCAAGGUUAUAUAA